AGCCUCCCCUGAACACACGUGCGACAGAGUCGAGUAUCUGACAAUUGCACGUCCAUGGAACUCACUCUCACCAAAACCCUAACUCCGCCUGCAAUGGAAGAAACCGCCAAUUCCUCCGACCAAUCAUCGAUUCCAAUGGAAAACACCUCUCCUUCUUCCCCCGCCGAUCCCAAUCCCAAUCCGUCGGAGAAGCGAAAGCGAGAGUCAGAACCAGAACCGGAGCCGGAAACCACCUGCGACCCGCCGCCGCCGCCGCAGCAGCACUAUCUGUGGAAAACUACUCUCUGCUCAUACUUUAGAAGAACUGGCGGUACGUGCAGCCACGGCGAAUCCUGCAGGUACGCCCACGGAGAGGCGGAGCUGCGGCCGCGCCCCGACAACACCUGGGACCCUACUUCCGAUAGGGCGAAGAAGAUGGCAAGGACCGACGAGAAGGAGCCGGCGGAGGAGAAGCCGGCGGAUGUCGGCGUAAUGAUGACGGAUGCAUUGGAGGCUGAGGGAGAAGAGUCCUCUUCGGGAUUGUCUAAAUGCUUCGUAAAUUUGCCGAUGAAGUGGGGUGCCGAUAAUCUGAGGAGCUUUCUCGGCCAACAGGGCAUUCUGUUUAAAUCAGCUAAGAAGAAGAAAGGCAUGAUUGUUGGAUUUGUUACUUUCGAAAAUGCAGCACAAGUCAAAAAAGCUGUGGAGGAGCUUGAUGGGAAGACAGUUGGCAACAACAGAACUUUAAAGGUUUCAGAUGUAAUCCCUCGUGCGUUUGAGCAAAAUAACAAAGCUGCAUUGUCUAGCCGUUCCACCAGCGAAACUGAAAAGUUAUCUGGAGACGGUGAGGUAACCGAGUCUACCAACAAUGAUGAGGUUGAUGAUGAUGGAAAUUUAGUCAGUGGUUCGGUUGCUAAGGGUAGAAGUGCCCGUGAUGUAGUGACUCCUCUUGCUCACAUGUCCUAUUCGGAUCAGCUAGAGCACAAGAAGAACUCUCUGGCGCAAAUUCUCAAACGAUUAACUCGUAAUGCGCGCAAGGCUUGUCCACAAGGUGUUUCGCUUCCUGGAUGGAUUCUUAAAGCGAGGGAAAUAGGUGGCCUUCCUUGCAAGUUGGAGGGUAUAAUCGAAUCACCUAUUGUUAAUGGAUAUCGGAACAAAUGUGAAUUCUCUGUUGGGUGUUCCUUGCAGGGAAAACGUACAGUUGGAUUUUUACUUGGGAAUUUCAGGGAAGGCAUAACUGCUGUUGAGGAACCGGUCGACUGUCCGAAUGUUUCCAGAAUUGCUUGCAAAUAUGCUGGUAUCUUCCAGGAGUUUUUGCAGCAGUCAAAAUUGCCUGUAUGGAACAGAUUGAACAAUACUGGAUUCUGGCGUCAACUCACGGUUCGUGAAGGCAGGGGACCUUGUGCAGUGGCUGAGGUCGGCGAUCCCGAGUCUGGUAUUUCAGAGGUUAUGCUGGUUGUUCAGGUUUGUACAGUAAGUUUUGAAGAUGGAGAGGUUAAUGAUGAACUUCAACGAUUGGCACAAGCAUUUUCUGUGGGAUCUAGUUCGGAAUCUCCUUCUUUGCCUCUAACAGCACUUGUAAUUCAGGAUCAUACAGGAAUAUCAAAUGCUGCACCAUCUGAUGUCCCUUUGAAAGCUGUGUAUAUUCGUAACGAAAGUAACUCCGGGCUUGAUGUGGUUGAUGAACUUGUAGAACCAAGAGUCCAUGAUCACCUGAGUAAUCUUCGGUUUUCCAUUUCUCCAUCAGCCUUCUUCCAGGUUAACACCCUUGCAGCUGAUAAAUUGUAUUCACUUGCUGGGGACUGGGCUGGACUUAAUUCCGACACCUUACUCUUUGAUAUAUGCUGUGGGACGGGGACAAUUGGCCUGACUUUAGCCCAUCGUGUUGGUAUGGUUGUAGGUGUUGAAAUGAAUGCUUCCGCCGUUGCAGAUGCCCAAAGAAAUGCAGAAAUUAACAGCAUAAAAAAUUGUCGAUUUGUCUGUGGAAAGGCUGAAAAUGUUAUCGGGUCGCUGAUGAAAGAAUACCUAUCUUUACCUCAAAAACAAGACGAUAUCAGCGAUACAACUCAGAUUGCAGAAACUGAAGCUGUUUCUGCCGAAGAAAAUGUCGACUCUGCUGAAAAAGUGCUCGAAAAAGGAUCUGACCCGACUGUUGACUGCAGUACGAAAGAUGACAGCCAUUUGGACGAGCACAACACUUCCACUACCAGUAAUGUUCGCCAAUUCAAGAAUGUUGUUGCUAUUGUGGAUCCCCCACGAGUCGGGCUUCAUCCCACUGUAAUCAAAGUUCUUCGAACUCAAACUCGGCUGAGGAGGCUUGUUUACAUUUCCUGUAACCCGGAAAGUCUAGUGGCAAAUGCCAUCGAGCUCUGCACGCCGUCAUUGGUGGAGAAAGGUGAGAAGGGGAACAACAAGAACAACCGGGGAUGGAAGAGUAUGAGCAGCGCGGGGCUGGCUAGACAGAGAGUGAAGUCGAUGCCUGUAUCUGAGCCGUUUGUUCCCAUCAAAGCCAUGGCAGUCGACUUGUUUCCCCAUACGCUGCACUGCGAAUUAGUGAUGCUCCUCGAGAGGUAAAUAUACCAUUACUCGAUGAUACAUUUUCGCCUAAAUUAAUUAGCGAUGAAUGACUCUGGAGUCGCUCCACAUUUUUGUUGUUGCUCGUCGCAUCGCAUUCGACUUACGAUUGUUUUUAUUUAUGCUACUAUGUUCGAGAUGUUAAACCUUUUUCUUCAGUGUAAUUUUUAAAGGCAUUGUUUACAUAACAAAUUAUGGAA